AAUGAUUUCUUUGCUCCUCUUGCAUCAAUUGUAAUUACUAUUUUGUGCUCAAACAACCAAACUAACAGUCAUCAUGCCUGUGGAUGCUGCAGUUCUCGAAAAAUUAGAAGCUGGCUUCAAGAAACUCCAGGAAGCCAAAGAUUGCAAAUCAUUGCUGAAACAAUGUUUGACAAAAGAAAUGUUCGAUGAACUGAAGAACCGUCAAACUGCAAUGGGUGCCACUCUUUUAGAUAUUAUCCAAUCAGGUGUUGAGAAUUUGGACAGUGGCGUCGGUAUAUACGCUCCUGAUGCCGAAUCCUACAGCUUAUUUGCACCACUUUUUGACUCUGUCAUCGAAGCUUAUCACGCUGGUUUCAAAUCCACCGACAAGCAUCCCGCCACUGACUUUGGUGAUAUCAACACUUUGGUCGACCUCGACCCAACCAACGAAUUUGUUAUUUCAACUAGAGUACGAUGCGGGAGGAGUCUGCAAGGUUACCCCUUCAACCCCUGCUUGACCGAAGCACAAUACAAAGAGAUGGAAGAAAAGGUUAGCAGCACCCUUUCCAGCAUGGAAGGUGAACUGAAGGGUAAAUACUAUCCAUUGACUGGAAUGGACAAAGCCACUCAACAACAAUUGAUCGACGAUCACUUCUUGUUCAAGGAGGGAGAUAGAUUUUUGCAAGCCGCCAAUGCCUGCCGUUAUUGGCCCACUGGUCGCGGUAUUUACCACAACGAUGCCAAAACCUUCUUGGUUUGGUGCAACGAAGAGGAUCAUCUUCGUAUCAUCUCUAUGCAGAAGGGUGGUGACUUGAAGCAAGUUUUCAAGAGAUUAGUCGAUGCUGUCAAGAUCAUCGAAUCCAAAGUUCCAUUUUCUCGCCACGAUCGUCUCGGUUUCCUUACUUUCUGCCCAACUAAUUUAGGUACAACAAUCCGUGCCAGUGUGCACAUCCAAUUGCCAAAAUUGGCCAAAGAUCGCAAAGUCUUAGAAGAUGUUGCUGCUAAAUUCAAUUUGCAAGUCCGCGGCACUCGCGGUGAGCACACAGAGAGCGAGGGUGGUGUUUAUGACAUUUCCAACAAGAGGCGCAUGGGACUUACAGAAUACCAAGCUGUAAAAGAAAUGCAAGACGGCAUUUUGGAGAUGAUCAAAAUGGAAAAAGCAGCCCCAUAAAAUUCCAGACCAAAUUAAAUUAAAAUCAAUUCUAUUUAUCUAGUCCCGGAUUGGUGUGGUGGCAAUGAUUAAUUUCGGAAAAAAAUGUUUUUUUUUUUUUUUAUUGUGAUCUGAAUCGUGUACAGAAUUUGUAUAACUUCUAAUCCGUGAGGAAUUGUCCUAUAAAAUUUUUAUUACGAAGUGUUAAGCCCUUGUUAUCCACGAUUAUUAUUAUUAUUAUUAUUAUGACUAUCAACGAAAUUAGCUCUGUUAAUAAAUACUUUA